GUUCGAGCCUCCAUUGUGAGCAAGCUGAACGAUGCGAGCGCUCCUAGCCACCGUCGCCGCCCAAUAGACACCCGCAACCAGAGGAGUUUUGAGCUUCGUACCCCGAGAGAGGGACCCAAAGGAAGGAGCCGAGGAGACGACAAGGAAAGGCUUUUGUUUCCAAUCGAGAAUAUCACGUCGCCGCCCGGGUUUUUAAUGCUUUAGCAAGACGCCAUAGGUGAGAGAGCGAGAGAGAGAGAGAGAGAGAGAGAGAGAGAGAGAGCGAGAGAGAGAGAGAGACUGGAGAGGGAUAGGGAAGAUAUAGAGAGGUAAAAAGGGAUUGCCGGUUUUGCACCUCGCCCGAUUUGGAGUAAAAGAAGAGCCGAGGUUUGUCUAGCCAUGGGAUGUACACUGAGCGCAGAGGAGAGAGCAGCUUUGGACCGGAGCAAACAAAUCGAGAGAAACCUCAAAGAAGAUGGAAUCACUGCCGCGAAAGACGUCAAAUUACUUCUGCUAGGGGCCGGGGAAUCCGGCAAAAGCACCAUCGUCAAACAGAUGAAGAUUAUCCACGAGGAUGGCUUCUCUGGCGAUGACGUGAAGCAGUACAAGCCGGUGGUGUACAGCAACACCAUCCAGUCGCUGGCUGCCAUCGUGCGCGCCAUGGACACCCUGGGCCUGGAGUACGGGGACAAGGACCGCAAGGCGGAUGCCAAGAUGGUGUGUGACGUGGUGAGCCGCAUGGAGGACACGGAGCCCUACUCCCCCGAGCUGCUGCAGGCCAUGAAGAGCCUCUGGGCCGACUCCGGCAUCCAGGAGUGCUUCAGCCGCGCACGCGAGUACCAGCUCAACGACUCGGCCCAGUACUACCUGGACAGUUUAGAUCGGAUCGGUUGCUCUGACUACCAGCCCACAGAGCAGGACAUCCUGCGAACCCGUGUCAAGACCACCGGCAUCGUAGAAACCCACUUCACCUUCAAGAACCUGCACUUCAGGCUGUUUGAUGUGGGAGGCCAGCGGUCGGAGAGGAAGAAGUGGAUCCACUGCUUUGAGGACGUGACGGCCAUCAUAUUCUGUGUGGCCCUCAGCGGCUACGACCAGGUGCUGCAUGAAGACGAGACCACGAACCGCCUGCACGAGUCCUUGAAACUCUUUGACAGCAUCUGCAACAACAAAUGGUUCACCGAGACCUCCAUCAUUCUUUUCCUCAACAAGAAGGACAUAUUCGAGGACAAAAUAAAGAAAUCUCCCCUUAGUAUCUGCUUCCCUGAGUACCAAGGCCCCGACCUGUUUGCGGAGGCGGUGGCCUACAUCCAGACGCAGUACGAGGGCAAGAACAAGUCGACCAACAAGGAGGUGUACGCCCACAUCACCUGCGCCACCGACACCCACAACAUCCAGUUCGUCUUCGACGCCGUCACCGACGUCAUCAUCGCCACCAACCUGAGGGGCUGCGGCCUGUACUGAUCCCCCGUCUGGCAACCCAUAGGACUCUUGCUAUAGCUACACACACACACACACACACACACACACACACACACACACACACACACACACACACACACACACACACACUUAGUUUUGUCCUUCACCUCUGCUGUACUGUCUGCUUCACUUUGUUCCGCUGUCCUGAGUUUGAUGAUACUUGCAAUGCCUUGAGAUCAUACAUACACACACACACACACACACACACACACACAUGGCAAAGAUGUUCACCCGCACGCAUGCACACACACACACAAACAAACAAACACACACACACACACACACACACACACACACACACACACACACACACACACACACACACACACACACACACACACACACACACACAGACACACACACAGACACACACACAGAUACACACACACAAAAACAGACUUAACAAACAAAACAAUGGAUUCUUUUGUUUUCCUCUGAACGACAUUCUGCCAAAAAAUAUUGCAACCGGGGGAUCAUUUUGAAAGGACAAAACAUUUCUUGUUGUUUGUCAGAAAAACAAUCCAAGUGAUGACAGAGCUAAAUAUGGAAGCAGUCAUUUGAUGACAAGAACCUUUUUUUAUUUUAGCUCCAGAGUAGUUUGACAAGAAGCCACAAUUUACCCUCAAUGCCACAGUUGCCAUGGGAAUGAAGCCAAAAUGGAAAAACGAUAUUUCAGCCAAAAUAAUGUGUUAAAAAGUGCCAAAGAAAGACAUCCCACACACUGUGUAUUCAGAAAGACCAAAGCUGACUUCACGCUAGCUGAGUGCCACUGCUAUGUUGCAUGUGUUGUGUCAAAGAUGGCAGCUGCCAGCUAUAGGAUCUGAGUAUGUUGUGUCCGAGUAUACAAAAACUGAGUAUAAAAAUGUAGGAAAAAAAUACAUCCUCUGCGCUCCUGCACUUCAUAAUUUGGUGUGCAAGGGAAAAGGACUAGUAAUUGCAGAGGAAAGAAGGUAGUCAC